UUCCUGCUGCGGGCUGGUGGAGACGGGCUGUCCGCCCUCAUACAGCAGGAUGUGCCCAGGAGGAGGCAGGGUCGUCGGAGUGUAAGCUGGUCGGUAUGCUGUGGACUCGGCUGACGGAGUGAAUUUGAGUUUGUUUUUUUUCCCCAACAAGAGCGAAUGUCGCAGACGGAACGCGUGGGGAAAUGAGUAACAGGAUGGAGGGUACGUCAGGACCCGGUGUCCGGGUGAACGGACCAGUGGUGCCGCCCAGCAGCUCGGCAAGCUCCUCCAUGGGAGUGCCUCUGUCGCCACAGGAGCUGCAGGAAGAGCAGCAGUCGUCGCUGGUGGACGUCUCCCAAAUGUGGAUUAAGUUUGCCAAGACCUUCGCCAUCAUCUUGCCCAUCUACGUCCUUGGAUACUUUGAGUUCAGUUUUAGCUGGGUCCUGGUGGGACUUGCCGCGCUCUUCUACUGGAGGAGGAACCAUGGCAACAAGGACUACAGGAUAAACCGAGCCAUCGAGUUCCUGGAGCACGAGGACAAGGCGGUGAGGCAGAAUGUGGCAACGACGGAGCUGCCGCCAUGGGUUCAUUAUCCUGAUGUGGAAAGAGUGGAGUGGCUGAAUAAGACAGUGAAGCAGAUGUGGCCGUUCAUCUGCCAGUUUGUGGACAAGCUGUUUAGAGACACCAUCGAGCCGGCGGUGCAGAGCGCCAACCCUUACCUCGGCUCCUUCUGCUUCAGCAAGAUCGACAUGGGCGACAAGCCGCUGAGAGUCAACGGGGUGAAAGUUUACACAGAGAACGUUGACAAGAGGCAGGUGAUCAUGGACCUGCAAAUAAGUUUUGUCGGGAAUACAGAGAUUGACGUGGACAUCAAGAAGUAUUACUGCAGAGCCGGAAUAAAGAGUAUACAGCUUCAUGGGGUGAUGAGGGUGGUGAUGGAGCCGUUACUGGGGGACAUGCCUCUGGUCGGUGCACUGUCCGUCUUUUUCCUCAAGAAACCGUUGUUGGACAUUAAUUGGACAGGACUCACAAACAUGCUGGACAUUCCCGGUGUCAAUGGUUUGUGUGACAACAUCAUCCAGGACAUCAUCUACAGCUACCUGGUCCUGCCCAACUCCAUCAAAAUCCCUCUGGUGGGAGAAGCUGAGCUCGCCCAGCUGCGCUUCCCCGUUCCCAAGGCCGUCCUCAGAAUCCACUUCCUGGAGGCCCAGGACCUGCUGUGUAAAGACAAGUUAUUGGGCGGGCUGAUCAAAGGCAAGUCGGACCCGUACGGUGUCAUCCAGGUUGGGACUCAAGUGUUCCAGAGCAAAGUCAUCCACGAGAACAUCCACCCCAAGUGGAAUGAAGUGUACGAGGCUCUGGUUUACGAUCACUCAGGACCAAACGUUGGCAUCGAGCUGUUUGAUGAAGACCCAGAUAAAGACGACUUUUUGGGAAGUCUGGUCAUUAAUUUGGCCGAGCUCCAGAAAGAACAGAAGGUCGACGAGUGGUUUGAUUUGGACGAAGUGGCUUCAGGGAAACUGCACCUGAGGGUGGAGUGGUUAUCUCUGCUGUCCACACCUGAGAGGCUGGACCAGGCUCUGUUGAACAUCAAAGCUGAUCGAGGAAAAGCCAACGAUGGUCUGUCGUCUGCUCUGCUCGUCGUCUUCCUGGACUCAGCCAGAAACCUGCCGUCUGGUAAAAAAGUGACCAGUGAUCCCAGUCCGUUUGUCCAGUUCAAAGUGGGACACAAGUCCUUCGAGAGCAAGAUCAGAUAUAAAACCAAUGAGCCGGUGUGGGAGGAGGCGUUCACUUUCCUCGUCCACAACCCCAACAGCCAAGAGUUGGAGGUCGAGGUGAAGGACGAGAAACACGAAUGUACGCUGGGGACGAUGACGCUCCCUCUGAGUCGCCUGCUGGAGGCAGAAGACAUGACGCUCAACCAGCGCUUCCCCCUCAAGAACUCCGGACCCAGCUGCACCGUCAAGAUGAAGAUGGCUCUGCGGGUUCUGUGCCAGGUCCAGGACUCUUCCGCUUCCACAAAAUCCUCCACUCCGUCCUCGGUGCAGGUCCGCAAAACGGACUCCUCCAACCAGACACCUCGGCAGUCGGUCUCCUCCGACCCGCUGAAGCCUCCCCCGGCCUCCACCACCGCUGCCAAUAUAACCAACGACAUCCCCAGCUCCGCCUCGGUGACGGCGCAGGACAUCCUGAACCGGCAGAAGGUCAGGGAGGAGUCCGUCCGGUCUCCUGAAACGACAGACUUUGCUCAGGGCGGAGGAGGCGGAGGUCAAAGCCUGGCAGAGAUGGGGAGGAGCACGUCUAACUUGGCCAUCUCAGGCUCCCAGCAGCACCUGGCCGGAGGCAAGGAGCCGACGCCCAGCAUCGCGUCAGACAUCUCCAACCCCUACGCCACCCAGGAGCUGCACCAGAGACUCCAGCUGCUCCAGAACGGCUCAGGCCCCAGUUAUUUCCCGCUGGGUGAGAUCCAGCUGACGGUCAGACACAGUUCGCAGAGGAACAAACUCAUCGUGGUUGUCCACAGCUGCAGAAACUUGAUCGCGUUCACCGAUCACGGCUCGGACCCUUAUGUCCGUCUGUACCUGCUGCCAGACAAACGGAGGUCGGGCAGGAGGAAAACUCACACGCUCAAGAAAACUCUCAAUCCUGUUUAUGACCAGACGUUUGAGUUCAGCGUGUCUCUGGCUGAGCUGCACAGACGUACUCUGGACGUUGCAGUGAAGAACAGUGGAAGUCUUCUGUCCAAACACAGAGGUCUUCUGGGAAAGAUUCUGGUGGAUUUGACUCAUGAUGACAUCACCAAGGGCUGGACACAGUGGUAUGAGCUGACUGAAGACGGUUUGGCGAAACCUCACCAGCUGUAGACGUCACCACGACGACGGUGUCGUCGCGUUAAUCGCUGUGUCACCGUAUAAUCGCCACACUCGCGAAUUACAUUCACUUCGUCUUAGCUUCAAUGUACGACAUGCUUUUAUUUUGAUCUCCAUCACAACAGGAAGUAGAAGAAAAAAAAGAGCAGCUUCUUACUAUUAUUAUUAUUAUCUAUUUAAUCUCAUCAUCAUCAUCAUCAGUCGCAAGGCAAAAACCUCCCCUUUAAAACGAGAGUGAGCAAACGCAGCGCGUACAAUUCUAUAUGUAACCUUAUAUCCCAUAAUAGGAGAAGAAAAAAAAGAACCAAGACGUUUGUAAAUAAUGUAAAAUGAUGCUGGACAGACGUGUGGACAUGAGGACAGGCGGACGUGCGCGUGUGUGUCUUACUCGGCCAAAUGAUUGUGUGUAAUUUUAUCUUGUUUAUUAUAAUUUUUUUUAUUUUUUAAUUGGUAAAUAAUGUGGGCGGGGUUUGUGAAGGCAUGACAGGUGCAGACGUCACCAAAGACACGAGACAGGGUUUAAUAACAAGUUUAUUGAUCAUGUGAUGACAACUUUAUUAAAAACAUGCGGCGGUCGGUGAAAGAUUUAGCACGACAAUCAAACUUCAUAUUUAAAUAAAGUUAGCUUAAAAAUUAUAUGAUAAACGCAAAAUAGAUAUACUAUCAAGACACUGGCAUCAAUGUUUAACAUUAGCACUACUUUAGCUCAAUGCUAAACUCCUCUCUGGUAGAAUAUCAAGUUUGAUCACAAGGGCUCAGCGUUUCAUCUCCACGUUAAUUAUGCACAAAUGACUUGACAACAACUUUAAAUUUAAACAAAAAUAAAUUUCAUGCAAAUACCAAGUUUGUUUAGCUGAAUGACGACGUUGUUGUUUCACUGCGUUUGUUUCCUGAUUGUGUUUUUGCACAUUUGUGUGUUUGUGUGUAUUUUAAAUGUGGUCGGGGAUCAUCCGUGCUUUUAUUUUCUCGAGCUUCACCCAAAUUCAUCACAGGACGAUAUUUUUCCUUUUUUAUUUCCAUUUGUUUGUUUGUUUGUUUGUUUGCAGUUAAUUUAAUAUAAAAAUCCACCGUGUAACUUUAAAACUGUAAUUAAACACAUUCCUGUAAUUGUGGUUGGUAAGCCACACCCAGUUUUUUUAAUCGCCUUUUAAUUUGCUAAAUGUUUUUGUCCCAUUGUUUAUUUGCAUCAACUUUUAAUCUUUUCACGCCAAAAAUUCCCGUCACGUUUGAUUUGAAUGUCACGGGUGGUAUUUUUAUCCUGUUUAAGUAUUUAUUCUUUUUUUUCUUUUUAAAUGCCGACUUUAAAAAAUAAUAAAAAGAAUUACCUUAAUUUAAAAAAAAAUUGCCAAAAUAAAAUAGUUUUCCUUUAAAGUCAUUCCUGCAAAAAAUGUAUUGAUUUAUUAUCCUUUACAAAAAGUAAAUCAUUAAAAUGAAUCAUUUCAGAUUUUUGCGCCCUCCGGUGGUUGAAUUAAGCAAGGAAGCCGUGGAGACAAGCUUUUAUUUUUGUUGACAAAUUAAGUCAGGUUUUAUAGACAACAGUUACAGAAUAAUGUAAAAAAACGCCCCUUCCUGUCACCCUUUGACAAUAAAAGUCUUCAUAUUUCCCCUCAAUUUGUGGAGAUUCAGACAAAUGAAAGGAAAGCCGAGCGGUGGCUACUACAUUACUGAGUCAUCGAUGUUUGAAAAUAUAUAAAAAAUAAUCUGACCUUUAUUUUAAAAAUCUCAUACCAAAUUAUGAAUUUUUACAAAUUCAGAGUCAAUGAGAUGAAGUGAACCAGCUUCCUGUUAAAAAGUAAAAUUACCAAAACGAAAGCUUUAAUUAAUAAUGAUGACAAUACGUCCUGUGUCAACUUUAGUCUUAACUUGUCAUGAAGGAUAAUAGCGUCACAGUUCGUAAACAAGUCUACACAAUGAGACUUUUGGCCUGAAAUCAAAGGAUGGGGAUAUCGGCAAAAAAACUAAAAAUUCUUGAAAUCCGAUAAUAAUAAUUCUUUCCCUCUUUUGAAAUUGUCUGGUCACGACUCAUGUCAGUUAUAUAACGGUUAUUGGACGGUUGCGAUAUCGGAACUAGAACGUUUGUUUAUGUUGGACGUAAAUAAAGUAUUUUACACGUAAACUGUCCUACGUUUAAUGUGUCUUGUGUUUUUUAAAUAAUUUUUCAUGUAUUAGCGCUCGUCCUGUGCUUUUAUUUUGUAAAACCUUCGUCUCUCUCAGGAUGUUCUGUGUGUGUGUGUGUGUCCUCUCUGUCUCGUCUCUUUCGUCUAAUUUAAUUUAUCUUGUGCCUUAAAAUUCACAGCACACGGCUCAGAAACAUGAACGUGUUUUUAAAACGACGACAACGACGUGAUGUUAAAAUGGCUUCCUGUGUUUUUCAGAAUGUUUUCCUUCAUGUUUAUUAAACUGAAAUAAAAAGAGCUUUACUUAGCUUUGGCAGCGUGAAGCUGGUCAGCACCGAGCUUAA